AUGGCGGCGCCCAGGCUGCCUCCGGCCCGGUUGUCCGGCGUCAUGGUGCCUGCACCCAUCCAGGACCUGGAGGCUCUCCGUGCGCUUACCGCGCUCUUCAAGGAGCAGCGCAAUCGAGACACAGCACCCAGGAGUAUCUUCCAGCGAGUCCUGGGAAUCCUAAAGAAGUCUUUGCACGAUGUUCAACUGGCCUGCAGAGAUUCUUCCCAAGCCGAACACCUCGCCUCCAGCCUGCAGUUAAUAACAGAAUGCUUCCGCUGUCUCCGAAACGCUUGCAUUGAGUGUUCUGUGAACCAGGAUUCAAUCAGGAAUUUGGACACAAUUGCUGUUGCUGUUGAAUUGAUUCUUCUUUUACGUGAACUGCAAACGGAGCAAGAAUCCCUGUUGACAGCUUUCCGCUGUGGCCUGCAGUUUUUAGGCAACAUCGCCUCCCGCAAUGAAGAAUCCCAGUCUGUCGUGUGGGCGCAUGCUUUCCCAGAACUCUUUUUUACUUGCUUAAAUCAUCAUGACAAAAAGAUUGUGGCUUACUCUUCGAUGAUCAUGUUCACAACGCUUAACUCUGAGAGGAUGAGCGAGCUGAAAGAAACCCUGAAUGUUGCCAUUGGAGUUAUCGAAGCCCACCAGCUGCAGCCCGAGUCGGAGUGGCCGUUCUUGGUUAUUACAGACCAUUUUCUGAAAAACUCGGAAUUGGUAAAAGCCAUGUAUGCAAAACUGAGCAAUCAGGAAAGGGUGACGUUUCUAGACCUGAUGAUAACCAAAAUUGUGGGUGAUGAUCCACUGACCGAGGACGACAUUCCUGUGUUCCUGAGCCACGCAGAGCUGAUUGCUGAUACUUUCGUGAAUGACUGCAGGAACGUGCUUAAAUUGACCUCAGAGCAUCAAACCGAGGAUGAGGAAGUGCUGGUGAUCAUUCGGCUUCUUGAUGUGCUCUGUGAAAUGACUGCUCACAGUGCCCUGCUGACUUAUCUUCAGGCCUUCCCAGACUUGCUGGAACGAGUGAUUGAUAUUUUACGACUAGUUCACGUAGCUGGAAAAGAUAGUACAAACCUCUUCACUCCCACGGGUUGUAUCAAAGCGGAAGGUGACAUCUCAAGUGUGGCUGAUGGGUUUAAGUCUCAUCUCAUUCGCUUGCUUGGAAAUCUGUGUUACAAGAAUAAAGCAAACCAAGACAAGGUGAAUGAACUGGAUGGCAUUCCGUUGAUCCUGGACAGCUGCAGCAUUGAUGACAGCAACCCUUUUCUGACCCAGUGGGUGGUGUAUGCGGUCCGCAACCUCACUGAGGACAACAGCCAGAACCAGGAUCUGAUCGCAAAGAUGGAGGAGCAAGGGCUGGCAGACGCGUCACUUCUUAAAAAGAUGGGCUUCCAAGUCGAGAAGCAGGGGGACAGGCUGAUCCUGAAAUGUACUGUGCACUGGGCUAGGGAUGCACCCGUGAACAAAAUGCACGCUCAUGCUCUCCUGAAGCUCAUGUUCCUAUGA